GUCGGCCAUGGGCCCCACGUUUCGUCGCUAUUCUGGGACUCGGCGCCUGCUACCUACCGUCCUGGAUCCUUAGAUCCUGAUAGUACGAUGCGUGCAGAAAGGUUUGGGCAGCAUGUUGCGAGGAACGGGGAGGGAGAUCUUCUUCAGGACUUGCUUCUUCCUGCAAGACAAUUCGAAGCGCUCUUUGUCUGGUACUGGCUCGUCUCGUCCUUUCUUCCACUCUCAAACCCAUUGUCUUAGACACUUUCUUUCAUUGAAGCACAACACUCUUUGACUCACCAUCCGACCCUUGCCCAGCCAAUAUACCAGCAAUAAUCCUCAUACGCUCCUUUCUUGACUCUUCUCUCAUUUCAUCCUCUUGCAAGAAAGUUCUACCAGGUCCUCUCUCGUGCCAACCAUCACGAUGAUCACGUACCAGGGCAACUCGUCCCGACUACUACUAUUAUUCGGGUUGCUCGCUUCAACGAUAUCGCCAACGCAGGCCGUUGGCAUCCUGCUGCCACGAAGCAGCGACACCUGUCCCAGCGACUACACACAAUGCUCGAGCAGCGGUCUUCCUAGCACCUUCUGCUGCCCCAGCAGCUCCACCUGCAUCAGUCUCGACGACGGCAGCUCCGCCAUCUGCUGCCCAGCCGGGCAGAGCUGCGACUAUAUCGAGCCCAUCACCUGCGACGUGCAGCUGCAGAACGCGACCUCCCACCCCAAGAACAGCGUGCACACCACCCGCCUCGAUGAUAGCCUGGCCAAAUGUGGCUCGAAAUGCUGUCCCUUCGGCUACACCUGCACGGGGGACUCGCUCUGCAGCAUGGACACAUCCAGCGCAUCCACCGCAGCAGCAUCCAGCGCUACCUCCUCAACCACCUCGUCAACCACAUCCUCCUCCUCCUCAUCCUCCCUCGCAACCGCCAUCUCCGCCACAGACCCCCGCGUCUCCACCUCCUCAGCCGCAGACAACACCAGCACCAACACCACCACCAGCGCAACAGCAACACAGCUCAAAUGCCCACAAUACCCCACAGCAGCCGUCCUGGCCGGCUUCUUCCCCGGCGCCCUCCUCGGCGUAACGGCCACCCUCCUCUCCCUCCUCCUGUACCGCCACCACCGGCGCAAGAACCUGCCCCCGUCCGCCAAGAUCGCCCAAUUCACCCACCGCUCCUCCAAGGGCACCCUCAUCGGGAUCUCCUCGCCCAUGCCCUCAGAGGAGACAGCCUACCGCACCGACUUCCUCCUCCGACGGACGCAGUCGCGGGCCUCGAAGGCCACAACCACCGGCUCCCGGUCGCGGUCGCGGUCCCGAUCCCGCUCCAUGAUCCAGAAGACCGGCGGCCGGGUCCGGAGUCUGUUCAACCCCCACAAUCCCGUGUACCAGCGGGAGGGCACCACCGCGAGGGGGGCGGGCGGUGGUGCCGGCGUCGAGACGGCGCUGGUGCCCGAGAGAGGCGGAGGGAGCCGAGUCCCCGUGCCGGUGCCGCCGCUGCCGCUCAACAUCAACGGGAACCUCGUGGUGAAGCAGACCCAGCAGGACGGGAAAGGCGGCGUGGCGACCUACAGCUCGCCGCCGGUGAUCCCGGCGUUGCCCCGGACGGAGAGUAUUCGGGUGUAUACGCCGCCGGGCGUGUUUGCGACCACAGGGGUCCUGAAGCCGGACGCGUAUCCGACGAAUCCCAGGGCCAUGGAGGCGUUUUCGGAGGACCCGGAGGGCUCGGGUAGUGGUGGUGGUGGGUUGAGUAGAGGGAAUUCGAGGUUGGGGUCGCAGCGGAGGUAGAUGUUUUCAUGGUUGUAUGUUUGAGUGUAUGUAUGUAUACUGUUGAUUUUGUGAUGGUAUUUGAGUAUAGCGUUUGUCUUUUUUCAUGUUUGGGGUUUGGGGUUUGGCCUGCCUUCGGACGGGUAUGCGUUGUUGCAUGGUUAUGCCUCUUGCAUGACUUAAUCUUAAUAAUCCUGGUUGUAUAUUCUUAGCGAAGUCUUGCUUCUAUGUUGGUA